AGUGAUGGUUGAGGGAUAUAGCGAACGUCGGUUUCAAGAAACAGUAAGAGCGGAGUUGAUGUGUAAUAUCUGUUUUGGUGUGUUGAGAAACCCCAGGUUAUGCGAAGCAGAAGAACAUCAAUUUUGUUUAGGCUGCAUAACCAGAUGUUUGGCCGAAUCAAACAACUGCCCAGUUUGUCAGACCCGACUUACUGUGGCAACGCUGAAACCUCUUGGCCGUUUCUGGUUGAGAGCUUGGUCAGAGCUUAGAAUCAACUGUGAAUACUACAAUCAAGGCUGUCCUGAACAAAUUCCGCUUGGAAGUUUGCACGUCCACGUGGAUUGUUGUCCUUUCCGUCCGUGUGAAAAAUGUGGCGCGCAAACAAUUGAUGAAGAUGGUAGCAACGUCCACGACCAAGAUAUCUGUGAGUUUGGUACCACUGUUAGGGAGAAUUUUCGAGAUGUCAAAAUCAUUGAAGAAAAAUUGGAAGAUGAGUUUGCUUCUCACAAUCGAAAAGGAAGAAAAUUCGAUGAGAAAAUAGAGGAAUUAGAAAAAAAAUUGGAGAGCACACCUCUCAUGAAAUUAGCAUGAUGUUCACUGACAAAGGGAUCUUGUGUAGGGGAAUAAUUUUUGUGUCCCGGGUAUUACCUAUGGAUUACUUUUUCCACCCGGCGACUGAGUCACAAAGCAAAGAUAACAGUCGAUAUUGAGCGUAAGGAAUUUAGUCCCGAAAGGUUUGCACAUUCAUUUUUCGCACGUUGUAAGGGGAUGUAACAAUAAUUCACAAAUAUUCCUGAGUUUGUUAUGAGCAGAAAAUAUGCUUUAACGGACUUGGUGCCGUGUGAGAAAAUUGGAAAAUU